UAACUAGAACCUGUGUGAUGAAAACCUAUAAUAAGCCCCACACUCCUUUUUCUUUUUGGUAUUUUCUCAUUCUCCACGAAACCUUCCUCAAAAAACCUCAACUUCAACUUUGUUUCUGUCAUGAAUUCAUUUUUUGUUAUAGCUUCAUGUUCGCGGUACCCGAGGCUUCAAUUUUUGCAGUGGUCGUAGAUUGUGUGUUCAGUGGCAACUCAAAAAUGGCGACGAUGAAGGAGGGAGGGAGCGAGAAAGCCUCCACCCAAUCUCUUCAACCAUCGUGAAUGAGCAGAUCAGGCUUCUGACACAAGGAAUCAGAUAGGAUACUCGGAUUGCUAGUAUAUAAUUUGUACUGUUGACUUGAUUUCUUGGAUUGGGUUCUCUUGUUGGAUCUGACCAUAGUUGUACAGGGAAACACUUUUCAAUUCUCCAACGAACUAAAUGACUUCGAUAACUUCCCAGUUCUCUUGGGUGCUUUCCAGUUCUUCGUCAGUCUUGGUAGCUAAUGAUAAAAGUAAUAAUGUGAGACAUGCUAAUUUUUCUCAAAUCCCUUCCUGGUUCUCUUUGAAAAGCAGUCCUCCUUCAUUGAGGACCAAUCCAAAUAAACAAGGCGAAGUUGAAAACUUGCAUUUGAUUUCUUUGACCAAACAAGGGAAGCUUAGAGAAGUGCAUGAAUUCAUUGAAAGGAUGGACAAAGAGGGUAUUUCCAUUAAUACCCAAUCUUAUGAAUAUCUCUUUAAAAUGUGUGGAACGCUGAGAGCAUUGUCUGAUGGAAGAUUAUUUCAUAAUAGACUGCAGGGAUUCUCCAACAGCAAUAGAUUCAUUGACAAUUGCAUCCUCCAAAUGUAUUGUGACUGUAAAAGUUUCACAGCUGCAGAGAGAUUCUUUGAUAAAAUGGUUGAUCGGGAUUUGCUCUCUUGGGCCACCAUUGUAUCUGCUUACACAAAGGAAGGGCAUACAGAUGAAGCUGUUAGAUUGCUCUUGCAUAUGCUGGAUUUGGGGAUUAAACCGAACUCCUCUAUCUUCAGUACACUUAUUAUGUCCUUUGCAGAUCCUUCAUUGUUAGACCUUGGCAAACAGAUACAUUCUCAGCUGAUAAGGAAUGGGUUUGCUGAUGAUAUUUCGGUGGAGACAUUAAUCUCCAAAAUGUACGUCAAGUGUGGGUGGUUGGAUGGUGCUGAAGUUUCCAUUAAUAAGAUGACUAGGAAAAAUGUUGUUGCAUGCACCAGGUUGAUGGUGGGCUAUACUCAAGCUGCAAGGCACAGUGAUGCUAUNUCGUUAUUUGCCAAGAUGAUAAGUGAAGGUGUAGAGUUGGAUGAAUUUGUCUUUUCUAUAGUGCUCAAGGCUUGUGCUGCUUUAGGAGACUUAUACACUGGAAGGCAAAUUCAUAGUGUUUGUAUAAAACUUGGCUUGGAAUCAGAGGUCUCGGUUGGUACUCCACUUGUGGACUUUUAUAAUAAGUGUGCAAGAUUUGAUGCUGCACAUCGAGCUUUUGAGACCAUAUGUGAACCUAAUGAUUUUGCAUGGAGUGCUUUAAUUGCUGGAUACUGUCAAAGUGGUAGAUUUGACACUGCUUUAGAGGUUUUUAAGACAAUAAGAAGUAAAGGAGUGUUAUUGAAUUCAUUCAUCUAUACCAACAUUUUUCAAGCGUGCUCUGUUGUCUCAGAUUUGAUGUGCUGCGCUCAAAUCCAUGCAGAUGCAAUAAAAAAGGGGCUAGUUUCGUUCCUGUCUGGGGAGAGUGCUAUGAUCACUAUGUACUCAAAAUGUGGCAAAGUGGAUUACGCACAACAAGCAUUUUUGACAAUAGAUAAACCUGAUACUAUUGCAUGGACUGCAAUAAUAUCUGCUCACGCUUACCACGGCAAAGCUUCUGAAGCUUUGAGUCUUUUUGAACAGAUGCAGAGUUCUGGUGUAAGGCCAAAUGCCGUCACAUUCAUAGGUUUGUUAAAUGCUUGUAGCCAUUCGGGUUUAGUUAAGGAGGGGAAGCAGUUUUUGGAUUCGAUGAACGAUAAAUAUGGUGUGAACCCAACAAUUGAUCAUUACAAUUGCAUGAUUGAUAUAUACUCUCGUGCUGGAAUGCUACAGGAGGCUCAUGAGAUGAUAAGGAGUGUGCCACUGGAACCUGACGUGAUGAGUUGGAAAAGUUUAUUGGGAGGAUGUUGGAGCCAUAGGAAUCUUGAGAUUGGUAUGAUUGCAGCUGCCAACAUCUUUCGCUUGGACCCGCUAGAUUCUGCUACUUAUGUGAUCAUGUUCAACUUGUGUGCUUUGGCUGGGAAGUGGGAUGAGGCGGCCCAAUUUAGGAAGAUGAUGGCUGAAAGGAACUUGAGGAAGGAAGUCAGUUGCAGCUGGAUUAAUGUGAAGGGUAAAGUCCACCGUUUUGUGGUUGGUGAUAGACACCAUCCUCAAACAGAACAAAUAUACUCAAAAUUGAAAGAACUCAAUUUUUCUCUCAAAAGGGAUGGGGAGUGCCUUCUCAACGAAGAGGAUGCUCUAUCUGACUUUACUGAACGCAAAGAGCAGCUUCUUGUUCAUAGCGAGAGACUGGCUAUAGCCUAUGGUCUCAUGUGCACCUCAGCUGAGACCCCCAUUAUGGUAUUCAAAAAUACACGAUCAUGCAAAGACUGCCAUGAUUUUGCAAAACGAGUCUCAAUAGUAACUGGUCGCGAAUUAGUUGUGAGAGAUGCCACCAGGUUUCAUCAUAUCAAUUCAGGGGAUUGUUCUUGUUGUGAUUAUUGGUGAUUUCAGCUUAGUUUUUUUAAAGGUCUUAGCGGGAUGAUUUUCCUUAAUGCUGCAUCAAUUACAGUAUGGAAUCAUCUAUAAUUUUAUAUUGACAAUUGGAUAUGCAGAGCUUGUGUGAGGGUACUGCAGAUAAGGCAUCAUAAACCACUGCAUUGUACAAACUCCUUUUUGCACUGUAGAUAUGCAGAACUUUGUCACCCUUCGUGUUAA